CGCGCUAUGGGGGAAUAAUCCCGGACCCAAUGUCAUAUGUAUUGCUAGUUGGUGAGGGAAACUUUUCGUUCACACUUUCCUACUGCAAGAGGUGGCCAUUGCAAAGCAGAGAGAAGGUACUGAGUACUUCCUUUGACAAAAGAGAUACUGUAGAGAGGAGACAUGUUGAAGCUGCAGGAACCAUCCAAGAGUUACAAGAUGAGAAUGGAGCCGCCGUCCAUUUUUCUAUUGAUGCUACUAAAUUGGACAAAUACGAUGUCAUACUGGAAAGCUCACCUUUUAGCAGGAUAAUUUUUAAUUUUCCACACAUCGGGGGAAAAUCUAAUCUAAAAUUAAACAAGGCCCUCGCUCAAGGGUUCUUGACAUCAGCAAGUAAAAUCUUAGACCCCCUGGGAGGCGAAAUUUGGUUGAGCUUGUGUCAAGGUCAAGGGGGCACUCCUGUUGAUGACAGUGGGCGUGGUUACGAGAACAGUUGGAAAAUUGUUGAAUUGGCAGCCGAAUCUGGUCUCAUUUUGACUGAAGUUCGUUCUUUUCUCAAUUCUGAUUGGCCAGGAUACACAUCCACUGGUUACCGUGGUAAUGAUAAAGGUUUUAACGUAGAAGGUGCUUUGACUCACAUAUUUACAAAAGAAAAGAUAAGCCGAGAUGCAUGGACCUCAAAUAAAGACGGCAUAUUUAAAGUUGAACCGUGUCGAGCUUGUUAUUGCAAUUGUGACCAGCAGACUACUCUUCAUCCUGCAGUGUUGAUUCAAGAGCUAAAACCUUAUGAAUGCUUUGUGUACCCAUUAUUGGCUCAGGAAUGGCAUCCACUAAGACGUGUUACUAAGAUAAUGACUGAUAGCCUUACACAAUACCUCUCUCUCUCAAAUUCAUCCAUUACAGUCCUUCCUUGUUCAUAUUGGCCUACUGUGCAUAAUUCAAGUUGUAUUUUGUCCUAUUUUAAAGAAGAUAAUAAUAAAAGACAAAUAAUGCUUUUAUCUGGUGAUGAGUUGCUUCUAGAAUCAUCACUGAGUGAUCAUGUUCAUCUAUUAUUAGCAAAAUUUGGAGAGAAACCUGAAGACUCCAUUAAAGGGAGUUUUGCUUCUCACACAUUCAUUCUCUCUUCAGCUGUAUACUCUGCAGGAGAGUCCAGUGAUCAAUCUGUGAUCAAUCAAGAUCAAUCUGCAUCAGCUAGUGCAUUAUCUCAGAAUCAAAUCAAAUCAAAUCCCAAUCAGCCGUUAGUGACUCACCAGUUGAUGAUUCUAACCAUCAGUAGUAGGAAAAACAAGACAAUGACAAGUGGAUUAAAAAGCAUGACAGUUGCUGCUUUAUCUACUGCUUUACAGGUUAGUCAUUCAGACCUGGAAUGGAUUAACUCUGAUGCAACUACUGGUGACCAGCAAAGUCUUGUGGUCUUACGAAGAGGCUCUCAAAGUCCUCGAGUUCUUGCGCUCCUUUCUCCUAUUUUAAACGAUCCACUUCUUGCUGGCUCUAAUAGUUGUUAUCAGUAUGCCAUUGUAUUUCUAGAGGGACUUGUGUCUAUAAAGUAUGCUAUACUUGACUGGAGGAUGCUGUGGUCAAAAGAUAUCAGGUUUUAUAAGCAGUUCUGCUCCUUGGAGCAAAUGGAAACACUCGAAUUUCAUCCCUUUUCAUUAUUUCCUCCAAAAUUCACACACGACGUGAGCUUUUGGGUCAAAAGAGAAGUUGAAGGAGGAAAUAUUGAGGCAGCGAGGGUCAAUUCCUCUUUAAUGAGUGUGGUAACAUCAAUUGCUGGACUAAACUUGUAUUCUGUUCAUUGCAUUGAUACUUUUGAAGCUCCAGACGAGUCUCUACAUUCUGGUCUGACAAGUUUCUGUUACCGGUUAGUCUACUAUUCACCUGAUGGUGCUCUUGGGAAAUCUCGUGCUUCAGGAUUGCAGCAGUUGAUUAGGGAUUCAAUUGAGCAAGACUUGAAGUGGAAAUUGAGAUAAUAAUUUGUUUUGCUACAGUUACUAUACUUGUGUGUAUGGUUGUUGUUUGUUUUUUUCAAAAAAGUAUUAGUCAUUACAAAAAA